AUGGUAAUGGAGGUAGACGAACCAGCAGGUACGUCUAUGGAUACAUCGGAACCAUUAGAACCGGCAAUAGAGUGGCGGUUCAGUCAAGUGAAAGGAAACAUAGAAGGAGAUGAUACACAUACUGAAGCUGACGUUAUAUCGUGUGUCGAGUUCUCCCACGAUGGUGAAUACUUGGCCACAGGAGACAAAGGCGGACGAGUUGUCAUCUUUCAGAGAGAUCAGAGUGGCAAAUAUGUUAACGGUGCACGAUCGCGAGAGUACAAUGUGUACUCAACUUUCCAAUCACAUGAACCAGAAUUUGACUACUUGAAAUCGCUAGAAAUAGAGGAGAAGAUUAAUCAAAUCAAAUGGCUGAAGAAAAAGAACGCAGCAAAUUUUAUACUUUCCACAAAUGACAAAACUGUCAAGUUGUGGAAGAUAAGUGAACGCGAACGAAAAGUAGCUGACGAUUCCUGGAAUAUCAGGCGUGGACAAUUCGUCGGUAGUCUACAAAUCCCUAGUAUAGUACCUAUGGAAUUAAUUGUGGAAGCUAGCCCCCGAAGGGUAUAUGGAAACGCUCACACAUAUCACGUCAAUAGCAUAUCUGUCAAUUCAGAUCAAGAAACGUUCCUCUCCGCCGACGAUCUUCGGAUCAAUUUAUGGCAUCACGAAAUCACGAACGAGUCAUUUAAUAUUGUUGAUAUCAAGCCAACGAAUAUGGAAGAAUUAACCGAGGUGAUAACUGCAGCAGAAUUUCAUCCUAGUCAGUGUAAUUGGUUUGUUUACUCGUCUAGUAAAGGCUCCAUCCGGCUUUGUGAUAUGAGGGAUCGAGCUCUGUGCGAUGCACAUGCGAAAAUAUACGAAGAAGCUGAAGAUCCUAGCUCGCGCUCAUUUUUCUCCGAAAUCAUUGCCAGUGUAAGCGAUAUCAAGUUUUCGCAUAAUGGCCGAUACCUCUUGACGAGGGAUUAUUUAACUGUGAAGGUGUGGGACCUCAACAUGGAAAAUCGUCCAAUUGAAACUUAUGCAGUUCAUGACCACCUACGGACGAAAUUAUGUGCUCUCUAUGAAAACGAUUCUAUCUUUGACAAGUUCGAGUGUGGAUGGAGUGGUGAUGAUAAGCAUAUAUUGACGGGAUCCUACCAUAAUCUAUUCCGCACGUACGCACGCGGCUCAGCGGAUGCAAAGACGUGGGAGGCACGACCUCAAGAACCACACUCAUUGCUACGAACGCGUAGAGUUUGUGCAGGAGCGAAUGCACGUGCGCAAAGGGCUCGUCGUGGUGUAGGUGGAGACGCCAACGAUGAUGAAUUAGCUGCCGAUUCUCUCGAUUUCACACGAAAAAUCUUACAUACGGCAUGGCAUCCGAAGGAAAAUAUCAUUGCGCUGGCAGCCACGAACAACCUAUACAUUUUCUCGGAUAGAUGA